AUGGGUUCAGCAUGCUGUGGACGAAAUUAUGAAGGUAGCUUAUAAUCAGGUAACGAACGAAUGCUGCUUAAGAGAAAACGAGGCUCGAGCGAGGACAUCUCAACGCUUCUAUCGCCACCUCCAGAACUAACAAAAAAUUACAUAGGACUUCCAAACCGCUUCGAGCAUCAAGGCAGUGCCUCUAUCUGUGUCGGUCUCGCAGGGAUCGAAAACCUAGGAAACACUUGCUACAUAAGCUCAGCCUUACAAUGUAUUUUGAACACUCAGCCACUAAUUGACUAUUUUCUUGCAGGAGUCCAUGAAGAUGAAAUUAAUCCAAAAUUCAGUGGCGAGCUUACCAGAAGCUUCGUAGAGCUAGCCAAAGCUCAAUGGCUGAGCGAAUACGAAAGUAUAGUACCACGGUAUUUAAUUAAUUUGGUAUGAGAAACUGCAGCACAGUUCGAGGCCGGAAAACAAAAUGACUGCCAUGAAUUCCUUUCGUAUUUUUUGGAUCAGAUACAUGAAGAGCUUAAUAGAGUAGCCAGACCAGGGACUCCAAGUGUAAUUGAAAAUAAUGGAGAAAAAGAUGAAAGGCAGGCUGCAAAAGCCUGACAUGAGUAUUUGUCUUAUAACUGCUCAGUUAUUGUAGACCUAUUUCAAGGGCAGCUGAAGUCGACGCUGAAAUGCAGUGAGUGUGGGUUUAUUUCAGCCACUUUUGACGUGUUUAUGUAUCUGUCAGUCCCAAUUGCGAAAAAAUCGUGCACUCUUGAAGACUGUUUGCUUGAGUUUACGAAGGAAGAAAUUUUAGAUGGGCCUGAAAAAUGGUUCUGUCCAUGCUGCAACCAAAAAUGCAAGGCGACCAAGAAGUUUGAUUUGUGGAAGCUGCCACCUGUUUUGAUUAUCCACCUUAAAAGGUUCAAAUAUAAUAAAUGCGAAAUUUCGAAGCUGGAAUCAUUUGUAAAGUAUCCAACAGCAAAUUUGAAUUUGACGAAAUAUAUAUUGUCAAAUCAAAAGGAGCCUCCAAAUUAUGAUCUUUUUGGGACAAUCAAUCAUUCAGGGACUAAUCAAAAUGGACAUUAUACAGCGACGUGCAAAAACAAGCAUGAUCAGAAAUGGUAUCAUUACGAUGAUGAAAAAACGAAGAGAGUUAAUUUAGAAGAAACGGUGACGAGGAACGCCUAUGUGCUGUUUUAUUUUAAAAAUUCAAUUGAUCAAUUUUUCACUCAGUCUUCUAGACUCCCAGAGUAUUGGCCUCAUAUACUGAGCAAGGAUAUCACUGUAAAUAACACUGAAAACGACGAGCAGCGGUCAUCAGGAUUGGCUACAGAUUUUCCAAACCAGACUGCUGAGCUUGGAAGUUUUAAUACAAUAGAUAAUCCAUUUGAUAAUAAUAUAUAA